AUGCGGCCUUACACCGGCCCCCCGCCUGCGGAGCACCGCGGGACUGCUCCCGCCACCCCAAGGGACCCCGCGGCCCCAUCCCCAUGGCCUGAGGGUACCUCAGCCCCGUCCGCCCCGCGUGAGUGGGCCCGGAGACCUGGUCCUUACCCCGUAGGCCUGGCCCGGCCCCCGCCGCCUCGCCUCACCAAAGGGCCGCGGCCGCCCGCCUCUCACCUCGCUUCAGCCGGCGCGGAAGGAAAGCACUUUUCCCGUCCGCAGCGACCGAUUCGCCAGCUCCGUCAGGAUAGGGAAGGAGGCUCCCGCCGGCGUAUUUUAACCCCUGUCCUCCCGUCCCCAUCAAGCAGAUGCACGCCAAACCCACCCCCGCCCUGGCCCCGCACCGAGGAGCCGCGUCCCCACGGCGCCUGGCGAAUGUGGCGUUGGGGAAUUGCAGAUGCGUUUACCUCCUUCUCCGUCCGACCCUUUUUCUCCGUCUGCCCCCAGCCCGGGACAAAGUCGGGAGCCACUCGCGGCCCUUCCCCACCGUGCCCUCACUAUCCACUUAGCGGCAGCGGUGGGUAG